AUGGCCCCCCAUAGAAUAUUCACGGUCACGGAGCUACUCUCGCUCAUCUGUGUAAAUUGCGACAACCCCACACGCACCACACUUGCUCGAACUUCUCGACUAUGGUUUGAAAUCGCGACGCCAAUUCUCUGGGGAAAUCUCCAAGGUGCCCAUAAAAUCUUCCAGCUGAUACCGGGAGCUGUCAUUGGCCGCAUAAAGCCCACCGAGCCUCCUCCAAAGGACCCUCGUCUGUAUUUAGACGCUGUCGAUUUUACCCGGUUUAAUAUCUACGCACCCCGAGUGAAACACCUGACGAUCUAUGAUCCGCUGGAUAAAAAGUUGCGCAUCGAGACGUGGUACAACUGGGGAUUUAUACACUAUCUAUAUCAACAACAAACACUCUUCCCAAACCUGAUGUCGCUCGUGAUAAACCAGCCUACUAUCGGUGGCUCAUCCAGUCGCCGUCACAACCCCCCUGCCUACGAGCAAUGGAUAACAGCAUUUAGCUCUGAAACUCUUUUGACCAUACAGGCCCCUUUGACAUUGAGACCUGGUCUGCCGCCACACCUUCCCUCCGUGCCGUUGACUACUGCAUCUGCCGCAGUCGCACGACUGGCUAUCAAAUCCAAGUCUCUUCGCACCCUCGAAAUCUACCCCACAGUCUCUUCAGCUGAACUCAACUCAAUGGGCCAGGGCGCCAUCUUUGGUGGCUUCAUAGAUCCCGAAACCCCUUACCAGAGGUUUUGCAAUAGCUUUGAGAGCCUGACUCAGCUUAGUGAGCUCUCCAUUACAGCAAUCGCAUUCGAAACAUCCAUGUUUCGUGUGCUGGCGAAUUUACCACAUCUGAAGAGCCUAUUGGUUCAUAUUUUCUCGUAUCAACUGCCCGAGUUUCACCCUGAACUUGUACCGACCAGUUCAUUCCCCCAACUCGUCAAAUUAUCCUUGUUCGAUAUUGAUCAAGAAACUCUGGAAAAGAUCUGGGAAUCGAAGCCGCUCGUUGGAAAGCUUACCUCUCUUACAAUACUGUCCUAUCAUUCCCGUCAAAUAACCCUCGAUUGGGCCCGAGAAACGUUCUUACCUAUCCUGCGUACUUGCUCGCCCGAGUUGACCGAGUUCCUCUGCGAGAGCCGGAGCCCAGGAAAGGGAGCAGAGUUCGAUGUGAAAUUUAGCUUGGGAGCUUUGGAUCUGAAGCCUGCGAUAAGAGAGGAAGCGUUUGAUCACAAGAGACCAAAGGGAUCCCGCUACGUCAGCAACCGAAUCAAGCGCGAGGCACUGGGAUACAACCGUGUUACCGCGAUAAGGACAGUUAAUCACCCACUCAUGGGACGUCUGCGCGUGACAUCACCCUCUUCUGAGACUGAAACCUUACUUCGCUUGUACUAUACUACUGUCAAGGCCCUCGCUCUAUCAUCUCUCUCUCGGCCUGCGCUUCCCGUGGAAGUUAUACUUUGUAUCUGCCAACUAGCUGGAUUCGUCGACCCAUGGCCCAACAGGUCGUUAUAUACCGAAGUCGCGUUCGACCGCGGGGCAGUCGACACAUCUAUGGAAUCGGGCUCUUCAAAUGAGAUAAGGCCCUGGCUGUGCUCCCCGCCUUUAUCUUCACUUUUCCUGAAGAAAGCGUGGCGGGCCGAACCUUGCAUUCACCCUGCCGAACCUGUCAUGUCGAGAACUCACGCAUUCAGGCCUGACGAGCUCAUUGUAAGAAUUGCGAGGGAUCCUUUUAACCGUGGAUACAAAACAGAUUCUGAAGGAAAAGAAUUGGGAUGGAAGUAUCUUACCACGGGGACCGCUCGUCAACCAAUUACUCCAUUGCGAACGUUCGACCACUGCCAUGAAAUCUGGGAGUGGAUUGAGCCAGGAGACAGCAUUGAGGUUGCUGUAGAUGCUGCCGGAUGGUAUUUUCCAAAUAUCCGCUCUGAAUGGGGCGUGUCUUUACGGAUUUACACUCUGUGGGAGCCAUCGGAGGCUAUGCUCAGAUUGAUAUACAAGUGCGAUAGUUAA